AAUUUGCUUGAAUGACUUGACUGGUAUUGUGGUCAGUCAACUCAAGAAUCUAACCCCCUCCCCCACCUAUACAUUACAUAUAGUACUCCCACCAUUCCUUAAAUCUUGUACAUUUUCAUACUUCAAUUCAAACAAAAAAUUUCAAUGGCUCUGUUUCUCUUUCUCUGUUUUUUGUUUUCUAUAAUUGUAUCCCAAGCCAAAGCAGGUGAUCCUGUAUCCUGUGAUAACAAUAGAGGAAACUACACAACCGAUAGCGCCUACGACAACAACCUUAAAACCGUUUUAUCCAGUUUCUCUUCCCAUAAACAAAUUAACUAUGGUUUCUACAAUUUCUCAUAUGGUCAAGACCCCAACAAAGCAUACGCCAUUGGAUUGUGUCGCGGAGAUCUUAACACAACUCAGUGCCUUACAAACAUAAACAAUUCCUUUGUUUAUCUCAGACAACAGUGUCCAAAUCAAAAAGAAGCAAUUGUCUGGGGUGGUGACUUCACUUUAUGGUAUUCAAAUCGCUCGAUUUUUGGGAUCGUUGAAACUAGUCCUACACAAUAUUUGAUUUAUGAAAGGAAUGCAAGUGAUGCAGAACGGUAUAAAGAAGCAUUGAGUAACUUGAUGACAAAUUUAACAGAAAAAGCUGCAUCAGGUGAUUCUCGUCGUAAAUAUGAUGCUGAUAGUGUUAGUGAUCCUGCAAAUUUUGCAACCAUAUAUGGGUAUGCUCUUUGUAUGCCGGAUUUGUCAUCGCAACAAUGCAAUGAUUGUUUGGCUCAGACAGUUUUGGAAAUUCCAGAAUGUUGUAAUGGGAAGAUGGGAGGAAAUAUCCUUAAACCAAGUUGUCGUAUUAGAUUUGAUCCUUAUCGCUUCUUCAAUCCGACGAUUGUGUUAGAUUCAAAUGCAACUCCUCCUAAACCAUCGUCACUACCACCUUCUCCAUCCACCACCAAUAGCACUUCUACAGGACACAACAAAAUCCGAACUGUCAUCGCCACUGCAGUGCCAGUUGCUACUGUGUUUUUGUUCCUCAUUUUUAUAUGCAUCUAUUUAAGAUUCAGAAAGCUAAAACAAAUGGUUGAAGCUGGUAAUGGAGAAUAUGAUGAUGGAGAUGGAGAUGAAGAUGAAGAUGAAAUUUCAAUUGUUGAGUCAUUUCAAUUUAACUUUGAUACCAUUCGAGUUGCUACAAGUGACUUCUCCGACUCUAAUAAACUUGGGCAAGGUGGAUUUGGAGUUGUUUAUCGGGGUAAACUACCUAAUGGACAAAUGAUUGCUGUCAAAAGAUUGUUAAAAGAUUCCAGCCAAGGAGAUGUGGAAUUUAAAAAUGAAGUACUAUUAGUAGCCAAGCUUCAACAUCGAAAUUUAGUUAGACUACUUGGUUUCAGUUUAGAAGGGACUGAAAGGCUGCUUAUUUAUGAGUUUGUUACAAAUAAAAGUCUUGAUUACUUCAUCUUUGAUCCAAUCAGGAAAGCACAAUUGAAUUGGCAAAAGCGCUACGAUAUUAUAAGAGGUAUUGCCCGAGGUCUUCUUUAUCUUCAUGAGGAUUCUCGCUUACGAAUUAUACACCGUGAUAUCAAAGCAAGCAAUAUUCUCUUAGACAAUGAGAUGAAUCCUAAGAUAGCCGAUUUUGGAUUGGCAAGAUUGUUUGUUAUAGAUCAAACUCAAGGAAAUACAAAUAGAAUUGUUGGAACUUAUGGAUAUAUGGCACCUGAGUAUGCAAUGCAUGGACAAUUUUCGGUAAAAUCAGAUGUCUUUAGUUUUGGAGUAUUGAUUCUUGAGAUUAUAACUGGCCAUAAAAAUAGCACAAAUAUUGGUCAUGGAAAUGAUGCAGAGUAUCUAUUGAGCUAUGUGUGGAAAAGCUGGAGAGAACGGAAAGCUAUAAAUACUAUAGAUCCAUCAUUAAACAAUGUUUCAGCAAAUGAAAUAAUGAGAUGCAUCCAUAUUGGUUUACUUUGUAUUCAAGAAAACGUAGUUGAGAGACCAACCAUGGCUUCUGUUGCACUCAUGCUUAAUAGUAAUUCUCUCACUCUCUCAAUACCUUCAAAACCUGCAUAUUUUUAUGGAAGUGGAACUAGAAGCCUACAAGACAUGCAGUUAUGGGCUGGACAUAUAGAUUCAACAACUUCAAGUGAAUCAAAGAACACGGCUUCAAAUACCGAUCCAUACCCUCGCUAGAUUUUGUUCAUAAGGGUGAUAUAUUCAUCGUAAUUGUUCUCCCCCCCGAACUACUUAGAUUCUCCCUACCCCCCCCUAAAGAUAUCUUCUUGUGGUGUAUAUUCUAUCAGUAGAGCAAUCAUCUAUAUUCUAUACUUAGGCCCAAAUCAAAACUUCAAAAAUGAAACUAAACAUAAAUGGGACAACUCUUGAAACAAGUUUUUGCUACUACACCUAGGUCCUCAGAUUUGGAGGUAUAUAUUUUCAAACACAUUUUAUCAUCUGCAAAUAAAUUUCUAAAAUAUGUAAGUGUGAUAACAAAUUUCUUUUUUUGACUAAAUAUUCUUCUAGAUUUUAUGUUCAGGUAAAUGGUGGAUUUGGACAAGGUUGCAUCUAUACAUAUAAGACUUGGUACUUCAUGACCAAAAAAAUAAAAGACUUGUGCUGGAUUAUUUAAGCUAUCACAUUAACAUUAAGUCCUUUGUUACUCCACAUUAUUAUCCUCCAUAAGACAUUUUCAAAUUUUCAAUCAAUUAAUAAUAUAAACUCCCUAAUAUAUACUCUAGUAAAGGCCAAAGGGAGAAUAGCAAAGAAUAAGGAUUUAGCAUAAAACUAAAGGAAGCAAUAGUAGCAUAAAGUGGAAGAUAAAAAUAAAUUAUACAUAUAUCCAGACCCAGACAUAAUCAUAAAAAUUUCCACAACUUAUGUACCUUUGAGGAUCUUGUCUUGACACAUUUUUGAGUCAAGCAAAAGGUUCUAUAACUAGGUUGAUGGACCUGUCAUAUAAACCUCUUUUCAACAAACCAAUGAUCAUCUUCUAAAUUCAUUCUGCUGCAUUUUCAUCGCUUUCAUUUCCUUCAUUUAUAAUAUCCGGCAACGUAUCAAGAUCAGUUCGAGCCUUUUCCAUAUCCUCGUGCAUGCUAUGUGUAUCAGCAGAAUCAAAUGCAUCGUGCACAACUGAAUCUAAAACAUCAGUGACAGAGGAAGAGUCUGAUUUUUCAUCACUUUCACUUGUUUGAUUAUCACCCUUGAACAUCUCAUCCUCGGUGACAUCAACAUUCUGAGUUUCAUUUGCUUCACUAGAUUCCGUGCUACCUUUGGAUUUGUCACUCUCAGUAGUAUUAGAGCUCACGUUUCUAUCCAAACUACUAGAAAUGUUUUCAGUCACAUUUGAGGCUACAGAUCCUUCUGUCUUCUCUAAUGCAUUAUCCCCUAGAGUAGAAGAUUCUUGCGAAGCUGCAUCUCGAUUUUCCGGUUUAGCAGAGACUGUUGCAUCAUUAUCAGGCAGGUUUCCUUCAGAAGUUUUAUUGCCACUCUGCUCUAAUCCCUCUGCUUGCUUUAUAUCUCCAGUUAUUGUUGCAUUAACUGUCACAUUUUGAGCAUGAUCAGACUCAGAUAGGAUCACCGUUUUAAUUUGUUCGGAUGAACUCGACUCGUCAUUGCCAGUGCCUGUCGAGUUACUGCUUGCUUCCGUGAUCACUGCUGUCGGAUUACUGCUUACAUUCAAGUGGCUAUCGGUGUUUGUUUUCACCGUUUCAUCAGACACCGAAGAACUGUCAUUUCCAGCCUCUUUCCUGGCAGUUGCAUUUGAAGAAAUUGCAUCUGUCACUUCACCUUCGGUAACCUUCAAAUCCGAAUCAUUUUGAUUCCUGUUACUUUCAUCAGAGUGAUAAGUUGUCUCAUUUUCUGGUUUUCCGAUAUUCAUUUGUAGGGUUAAAUCAGCAUUCUCCAAAUUAACCGUUUCCGUUUCAGUGCUAGUUGAGUGAGUGUCAUGAGUCACAGCACUAGAGGCAUCAUCGCCCUUGUAAUGUUCCUCCCGAGCUUCAUGAUUCUCCUGGUUUUCAACUAAACCCCCCUUUUCCUCAUCCUCCUUCUCUUCAUUCUCUAUCUCAUCGCCAUCUUCUUUCUCUUUCUCGUCGUCUACAACCUCAUCAUCAUGAUCAUUAUCUGCUUCUGAUUUAUCAUGAUCAUUAUCUGCUUCUGAUUUAUCAUGAUCAUUUUCAUCUGUCUCAGCAUCUCCUCCUUCAUCUUCAAUCUCUUCACUUUUGCUUUCAUCUUCCUCAUGUUCUUCUUCUGCCUCGUGCUUGUUUUCUUCUUCCCCAUGUUCUUCUCUCCCUUCAUCCACAUUCUCUUCACUUUCUUCAGUUUCAUGUUUGUUUCCGUCUUCUCCUUCUUGUUGAUGUUCAUCGUGUUCACGUUUAUUUUCCACAUCAUCAACAUGUUCAUCUUCCUCUUCUUCCUCAUGCUUUUCGUGCUGAUCUACUUCAACCUUACCUGGAAGAAGAUCCUUUCUACCGAGUUUCAGAAUCUGAUCCGGCUCAGUUCUGGAUGGAAGUCUCAGAUCAUUCUUAUCAAAUUCCUUCUUCUUGUCAUGAUUGUGCUUAACCUGGUAGAUCAACCAGAAGCAGACACCAAGCAACAGAAUAACUUGCAGAACAUGUUUUACCUUGAAACCUUUGGAUCUUUGAUUCCUAAUACUUGGAUUCCUUUUGAUCAUGUUUAACUAAGUUAAAAAAAAAAAAAAAAAACCCUCAACUCGUCUUCUCCAACAAACAAGAUCAGGACACCU